CCGGGCGGUCGCAGCACGACCCGGAGCCAUGGCCGUACAGUGCAGGGUCCUGGCCCUCAUGGCCGCCGUGGGGCUGGUCCUGGCCAUCGCCGCAGCCGACGAGCCCGUGAGUCCCCCGGACACCCCACCGCCACCCCCUGCGGACGGACAGACGCCAGAGCCUGCCAGCCCGGGCAAGCCGGAGGCCUCCGGAGAGAAUGAGUUUGGCACCGCCGCCCAGCACCUCACCAAAGGCGUGACCCCCGGGAGCUUCGGGGCAGCCGAGAGAUCCCACACGGAUGACCUGACCCGCGACGGCCUGGACACCGACUCCUCCAGCCUCGACACCCUCAACAGCGGCUCCUUCAACCUGGAGCCCCUGGCUGAAGGCGCCCCGGGUGGCCCUGCGGUGGACGUGCCGGCUCAGUCCAACGAGUCCCAAGAGAGUGAGGAUCAUGACGUGGAUUCAGAGGAGACCCUCGCACCCCAAGGGAUGUGAGAGCGCCGGAGCCGUGCCGGAGAAGCCCCCAAACCCUGCAAUCGCCGUCUCUGCCCCCCUCCCGCCCCCGGCCACUCGCGCUCCCAGCCGCAGCCUGGCCCGAAGGUUCGGUGCAGCCUGGCCCCCGCGCCCCCAGCCAGACCUGGGGCUCAGCUCCAGACCCGUGCAUCCAGCAGGAGCCUCCCUGCUCCCCCCGGACCUGCUUGGGCACUCGCCUGCUCCAGCCAGAGGGCAGGCGCCGUCCCACGGGGGGGCCGGUGGAGGCUUGCUCCAUCCUGGGUGGGUGGGACCCUCUGUCCCGUCCUGGGAGACCCCCCGAUGGCCCCUGUCCCACGGGGGACGUGGGUGAUGGCUGCGGGGGGCUCAGCUGGGUGCUGAGCAGCAGCCAGGCGUGGCUUGAGGCUGGACCCCCACCCUGCGAACGCCCUCGUGCCCCCAGCUCUGCCCCCCGGCCGCGGCUGGUCUCUGCUAAUAAA